CAGAGGUAGGAGGGUGCCUCUGUCAGCACACACAGACUGGGCACACAACCUCAUACCUGCCUCUCCCUGCCCUGUUCCUGCUGGGAAUCCUCAAUCCCCACUCCAGGCAGAGGUCCCUGCAUGGCCACGGUCACCUGGCUGAGCAGCAGUGCAGGUGCCCUGCACAGGGUCAUCGACAAUGAGUGAAUCCAGCGCCAAAUCCAGCCAGCCCCUGGCCUCCAAGGGGGAGAAGGAUGUGUCGGAGAAGAGGGGCCGAGGGCGGCCCAGGAAGAAGCCACAGGAGCCCAGCGAUGCCUCGACCCCCAAGAGACCCCGUGGACGGCCAAAGGGCAGUAAAAACAAGGCCACCCCAAAGGGCAGGAAAACUGCAGUCACACCAGGGAGGAAACCUCGAGGGCGGCCCAAAAAAACGGUGAGCAGGCUUUUUUUCCCUUCCCCCUCUUACCUGGCAGGAGGAAACCCUUCCCGACAGGACCCCGACCGCCCGGCGACGGAGCGAGCGCAGAGCGGGCAGAGCCCUCUGGCCUUCCUGGAGACACUGCGGAUGAAAGAUCAGAACCGUGGAGGAGAAAAGAAACACCAAGCGCUGGGGUGA